UCAUUCCGGGGCUGGAGCUAAAAGCGUCAACGUCGACUUCUGCGCCGGGUGCAGCCUCGCUCCUAAUUGGUUGGUCCUCGGACCGCCCUCCUCCGCUCGCCACCUCUGGGUUCCCUCCCUGGUCCGCAGUAAGAACACUGCCCUCUCGUCUCUUGACCCUUGGGCCUCUCUCCCUUCCCUCCCUCUCUCCCGUCGCCGCUGUCGCUUCAGGCGCCCCUGCUCCCGGAGCAGCUUCCGGCUCGGUGAUGGGGUCUCGGGCUUCCACGUUAUUGCGGGACGAAGAGCUCGAGGAGAUCAAGAAGGAGACUGGCUUUUCCCACAGUCAGAUCACCCGCCUCUACAGCCGAUUCACCAGCCUGGACAAAGGAGAGAAUGGGACUCUCAGCCGGGAAGAUUUCCAACGGAUUCCAGAACUUGCCAUCAACCCACUGGGGGACCGGAUCAUCAAUGCCUUCUUUCCGGAGGGAGAGGACCAGGUAAACUUCCGUGGAUUCAUGAGAACUUUGGCUCAUUUUCGACCCAUUGAGGAUAAUGAAAAGAGCAAAGAUGUGAAUGGACCAGAACCACUCAAUAGCCGAAGCAACAAACUGCACUUUGCUUUUCGACUAUAUGAUUUGGAUAAAGAUGACAAGAUUUCCCGUGAUGAGCUAUUACAGGUGCUACGUAUGAUGGUCGGAGUAAAUAUCUCAGAUGAGCAGCUGGGCAGCAUUGCAGACAGGACCAUCCAGGAGGCUGAUCAGGAUGGGGACAGCGCCAUCUCUUUUACAGAGUUUGUUAAGGUUUUGGAGAAGGUGGACGUAGAACAGAAAAUGAGCAUCCGAUUUCUUCACUAAAGGACUGAGACCAAACUGUUCUUGCUUUUGAGUAUUUAAGAACUGGAACUUGAGAGUCCUCCUCACCACCAGCCCCACCUCCACCCCAUCAUUCCACCUUCUCCCAAAGUACUACUGCUGUUGCAUGAGAACCCCAAAUACGGUCUGUCAACACAAACCUGCCUUUGGUGUAUAAACAGGGCAUUACAGAAUGGUACACCCGUCUAUUUCUGUUCAGUAUCAUUCGCCAGUUAUCUCCAUUUCUAAAUACCAUCUCCCCUGGUUUGCUGCUGAAUGCCACAUGUCCAUCCAGUCUGAGAAGUGAGACAGGGACUCCUGCCAAGAACCAACCAGCAAAGCUCUUUCACUGGAUGUAGAUGAAACCGUGCUGCCUUCCCUCCAGCCAGGCUUUGGCAUGCUCCUUCAUCUUUUUUUUAUAUCUUUUUUCAUCCCUCGCUUUCUACUUCUCUCUGACCCAACAGAUCAUUCACUUUGUCUUUCAGUCUCCCUGCUUUUCUUUAAGCUUCAGUCCCUGUGUUCUACUUGGCACCCUAAGCUAUGCCUGUUAAAUGUAUUUUUCACUUGGCAGGAUAGUGCAGUGGUCUGGCAGUUUUUGUCUAUCUUCAUUCUUAAAUGGGUCUCUGGGAUGUUACCUCUCCAGGAGGUUUUCCAUAACCAACAUUUCUCUCAGAAAAAUGAUCAUCUCUGGUCCCCUGCACUCUGUCAUCAAAGGGCCGUUGGUUGGGGCUGUUCUUCUUGAAAGGUAGUGGCCUUGGUGAGAGGUGUAGGGCCAAGUGUGCUAGGUGGCUUGCCCAGAUCGCUCUACCUCUGGCCUCUGAUUAUCAAUAUACACACCUACGUGGCUACUCAUGUUAGUACAGUGUUGACUCUUCAGAAAAUAGCCAUAUGCCUGCAGGUUUAUUUAGUUUGGGGGCAUCAUCACCACCAGAAUGGCUGCUCUGCCAAUAUGCUUGGGGCCUUUCUCAUGGCUUUUUGGACAAGGAGUCUGGGCAUUCUAAAAGCCUGGUAUAUCCCCACUUCUGCAGCAUGGUUUAUGCCUCAGUGUUAUGUGCCCUGGAAUGUUUUUCAUUUCACAUUUCCAAACUGGAAGAUUAGUGUAAUGGAAGUGCCUAAUUCAUCCCAGUCCAAGAGAUUUAAAGGUUAUCUUCAGUGUCUUGAUGUUUUGCACAAAAUUCUCUCUGAAUUUUACCGUUGGCAAAUAUUAAUGCUAGAAGCCAUAGUCGGCUCCUAAAAGAGGUCCAAAGCACUGAAUGUAUUAUUAUUAGCUACCUGGUUACGUUGACUUCCUAUCUCCUCUUGUAAACCACUAAUAUCUUGGAAACAAGGAGUCUGCCACCAGUGGCACGACCUGAAGUGGCAUUACAGGCUUUUGCAUGAGCCAGAGCAACUUCUCUGCCUAUCCAGCUUGGUAUCGACCUGUCUGAAUCAGGCUGUUGUCAUCCUAACAUCUGUUUAUGAGUCUUUAUGUCUAUAUAUCUGCCCUUGGCUGAUUUUCUCUGACUCAUUGAUUGCUUGCUUGCUUGCUUGUUUCCUUGCUUUGGAAGGCUAUCCAAGAAGGGAAUUGCUUAAAAACAGAAAUGCUGCAAAGGGAUUGGGAAGGGUGGGAAACAGGAGUGGCCAGGCUGGAUGACUCAAGUAUAAAUGACUGAGAAAUUCUUAAUGAAGUAUCGGUCUAACUUUGUGAUCAAGUGAUGUAUUAUAGGAAAUGUAUAAAAGGGAAGAAUUUUCUGACACUGGUCUGUUAGAGAGGUACUUCAGAGGCUCCUUGACUUGCAUAUUUAAAGUUCCUAAGUUUAUGGCUUUUUCCUCCUUUUGGCUGUAUAGCAAACUGUUUGAAUCCACAGUUGUGCCUUACUGUUCCAUUAAAAUUGUAUUCUUCGAUCCAUCAAUAAAUACUUGUGGUUAAAACAAAAU